AUGGCUAGAUACGGUGCUACCUCCACUAACCCAGCUAAGACCGCCUCUGCUCGUGGUUCUUACUUGCGUGUUUCUUACAAGAACACCAGAGAAACUGCCCAAGCUAUCAGCGGUUGGGAAUUGACCAAGGCUCAGCAAUACUUGGACCAAGUUUUGGACCACAAGAGAGCCAUUCCAUUCAGAAGAUUCAACUCCUCCAUCGGUAGAGCUUCCCAAGGUAAAGAAUUUGGUGUCACCAAGGCCAGAUGGCCAGCCAAGUCCGUCAAGUUCAUCCAAGGUUUGUUGCAGAACGCUGCUGCCAACGCUGAAGCCAAGGGUCUAGACGGCACCAAGCUAUUUGUCUCCCACAUCCAGGUCAACCAAGCUCCAAAGCAGAGAAGAAGAACCUACAGAGCUCACGGUAGAAUCAACAAGUACGAGUCCAGUCCAUCCCACAUUGAAUUGGUUCUAACUGAAAAGGAGGAAACCGUCAAGAAGGCUGCCGAGAAGAAGAUGGUCAGAUACACUUCCAGACAGAGAGGUAAGAUUGCCGCUCAAAAGCGUAUUACCGCUUAA